CAGCAGUGGCCAUGCCAUUUGGCUGUUUAACAAUUGGGGAGAAGAAGGAUUAUAACAAUCCUUCGGACGUGACAGAUAAAUAUGACCUGGGUCAGAUUGUUAAAUCGGAGGAGUUCUGUGAGAUAUUCAGGGCCAAAGACAAAACUACGAUGAAAAUGUACACGUGUAAAAAGUUCCUGAAAAAGGAUGGAAGGAAAGUCCGCAAGGCUGCGAAAAAUGAGAUCCUCAUCUUAAAGAUGGUGAAGCAUCCCAAUAUUCUCCAGCUGGUGGACGUCUUUGAGACCAAAAAGGAGUACUUCCUCUUCCUUGAACUUGCAACAGGCAGAGAGGUGUUUGACUGGAUCCUAGACCAAGGCUACUACUCAGAGAGAGACACCAGCAAUGUGGUGCGCCAGGUGUUGGAGGCUGUUGCCUACCUCCACUCCCUGCAUAUUGUUCACAGAAACCUCAAGUUGGAGAACUUGGUUUAUUACAACCGCCUGAAGCACUCUAAAAUAGUCAUCAGCGACUUCCAUCUUGCCAAGCUGGAGAACGGACUAAUCAAAGACCCCUGUGGGACACCGGAGUACCUGGCUCCAGAGGUGGUUGGCAGACAGCGAUAUGGCAGGCCUGUGGACUGCUGGGCAACAGGUGUCAUCAUGUACAUACUGCUGUCAGGGAACCCUCCUUUCUACGAUGAAACCGAUGACGAUGACUAUGAAAACCAUGACAAGAACCUGUUUCGAAAGAUCCUGGCAGGAGAUUAUGAGUUUGACUCUCCAUACUGGGAUGAGAUCUCUGAUUCAGCUAAGAGUCUGGUUGCUCGUCUGAUGGAGGUGGAUCAAGACCAGAGACUUACAGCUCAGGAGGCUAUAAACCAUGAAUGGAUCUCUGGAGGAGCAGCUUCAGAUAAGAACAUCAAGGAAAAUGUGUGUGCACAAAUAGAGAAGAACUUUGCCAGAGCUAAAUGGAAGAAAGCUGUGCGGGUCACCACCAUCAUGAAGAGACUGAGAGCACCUGAGCAGAGUGACUCGAGGGCAACCAGCCCUGCAGCCGGUGCCCCAGCAGACACCGCGCGGAGAUAGGCCAACCGACGCCCGAGGACGGACCCGGGGUGGCAGCUUUGGCCGCUGAGCCACAGCAGCCAAGCCCGGCGCCGCAGGAGGCCGAGCCCACAUCGCGCUGUAAUGGAGAAACUUCAACUGCUCUCCACGCAGCCACCAAUGCUGGGGACGAGCAGGGUUAGACCCACCCCCCCAACCCUUCCCUGUGUGACCUCUGCAGUCCCCACCAACUCCUGCACACUGUACAUUAGCUGCUAGCAUGGUGACACUGACUCUGCUUCUCUCUCACUUGCAGCAUUAGUAUCAUCUCAUGGAGGCUGUGUGCUACCUUUUCCUGAGUGCUGCGUUGCAUUGGCUUUCUUUUUACUUGUAUGGGGUUUUUUCACUGACCCUCCGGUGUUUUAUGUCAGAUAAUAUAAACCAUGUCUAUCACCGCACACUUGAGUUUUAGGGGCAAAAACAGAUUGGCUGUCAAACUGUGGCUUACAGCUAAAGUCUUCUUUCUGAUUCUUCUCUUAGUGAUAAGAGAAUAUAGGAAGACAUAAUUGUGCUGAAAACGGCUUUGAUUUCUUUUUAACGAGCCAACUUGGGAAACUUCUUUCUGCCAUUGUUACAAUUACAGUAUUUGUUCUUUAAAUCAUUAGAAAAGUUUUGCUCCUGAAAUUUUGACCUUGUACCGUAAUACUCAGUAAGUGCUGGUCCACACACAGAGAAAAUCACCUAUUCCUUUCACAGGGAGAAUAUGGUUAUCUUUCUUAUCUGUUAUUGUCUACACUAAGCAGGUAUUGUGCAUUAAACAAUGCUGAGAUUGGUGACUGGGAGUUAUUAUGCCCAGUGCUGUAUUUUGAACAAGGCAGCUUUACACAUAAGCACACACACAAACACUAUGUUCCUUUGCUAACUUCCUGCUCAGGAAAGAACCUCAUAGCUGUAAGUGUAAAGAUUCUGUAUAUAGAGACCUUUGUAGAAGUAGCCAAAACAGCAUGCAUUCUCACUUUCUGCUGUUCCUUUUACAUUUACAGCCACUUGGUGGAUAAAGAUGCGCUACUGCCAACCUUGUCUAAUCGUAGGCCACAGCACCCUCGUCUCUUGCCACAAGCCUUGUCUAGGCUAAUGUUCUUUUCAAAAGCACACUAUACAUUAUGCUGUCUAUAACUACUGUUCAUUUAGCGCCCCUUAGCAUCAAUGUAAGUCAUAUGAUUAAUGUCUUCAUUACAUAGCAGUUCUAUGCAUCCAAAUUAAUUUGUAGCUUUCUUAUUUAGAAACGUCACUUCUUAAUCCAUCACGUGACAGAAAUUGUUUUGUUUUCUUGCUAGAUCUCAGUCUCCUUGUAUCUACUUUGGUUUACUUGUGUCCUCUGUGUAAGGAUAUUGACUCAGAUGCCAUAUAUGUCUUAAUAUUUGGUUGUAAACUGUAAAACAAAAUGUGCAUUAACUGACCACAUGCGGCUUUUAAAGGAAGACAUGCAUCAUUUUGACUUUGUAGUAACUAGAGUCACCUUCGCCAACUCAGCUUUGCUGACCUGUAUUGUACUGAAAAAAAAUGUAUGAAGCAUACGUUUAACAUUUCUGAACUUAAUGUUAAUUUAUUUAGAUUUUGUAUUUUUCUUUUUUUUAAAUCUUCUUGGCUUGUUUUUUUUGUUGUUGAUUGUUUUUCAACUCUUUCAGUCAUUUGUUUAUUCCAUAGAUGUUUCAGCUUAUACUUGACUAAACAGUAAUAACAAUCUAUCCUUUCCAGCCACUGGUCCCCUUGAGCAUUAAUAAUGAGCUACAGAAGGAGUUCUCUGUAAUCACUCUAGAGGAAAUUGAGCAAUAUUCGACUGGCUGCAGAAACUGUGAUUCCUGGUGUCCUUUCGAUACAGUCCAUGUACCUGUGAGUAGAAGUCUAUAGUCCUUGCCAACUGUCAGGCCCAUCAGGGCCACUUAACUAACACAAGGCUGCUGUCAGAUAAGUGGGUGUGGGGGAGGACGAAUAAGACCAUAUUUGCUUCUUUGGCCUGUGAGUGCCCACAUGAUUUCCUGUGCUAACACACACUGAACCAUUCCCUGGUCACAUAAAGACAGCAGUAACAUUGACAGUACGAUUAUUAGAUAAUAUAAAUAAAGUAUAAUAUGUUAUGGCUCGUGCACAGCCACUUUGUCUGACUCUACCCAGUCUGUUGUCAAGAGUAUUUACUGUGAACACCUGUGAAUUUAUAUGAAAAUGUGCAUUUCAGAUAAAAAGGGGCUCUGGAGGAAACUGAUCACAUUAUUAUUCGUAGAAUCUCAAGUUUGACUUUGUUGCUGCAGAGUCUUUUAUUUAUACAUGUAUCUUCAUUUAAUUUGCGCUACGAUAGAUUGGUAGACACACCAAUCAUUCAGAGUAUACCACUAUAUUAUUUCUUACAUUGUUUAAGAUAAAUAUUUAGAUUUUAACGAGAGGCUUAAACAGAAGAGAGAUUUUUUAUGUGAAUAGAUUAUUUAAUGUAGUCCGUUCUCUUUGUUUAGAUGGCAAAUAAAUACUGUUUAAAUACUGUUACACAGUUUAAAGCAAUGCUUUUUUCCAAUACAUUUCUCACUGUAUUUAGUAUUCCAUGUCUGUUCAUUUUGCCACGCACUUACAGGUGUACUUGUAGAUGUGAUGUUUGCCAGGACCAGUGGUCACCUGUAGGUCCUGUCUUGCAUUUGUGAGCUCUGUACUGUACUCCUUGACUGAGUUGAUGAC